AUGCGUUUCGCAACUUUUGGUCUAUUGGCUGUCCUGCCAACUUUUGGCUUGGCUAAAGACUGUGGUAUCUUCUAUGACUGGUCCGGUACCAGCAAUUUAGAUGUUUGGCGGGAUCUGAAGGCUGUAAGCAUGUGCAGCGACAUUGGCGGCGACAUACCUAACGACGAGCUUGCCCUGAAGAAUGGAAAUGGCGUACAUCGCUGCGCCGUCUGUCGCAAUGCUCGGGGUGGAACAAAGGACUACACCCGAACUAUUACGCAGCAAAAUGAUAAAAUCACUUACUCAGUCAGGUGUGGCUGGUUUGGAAAGAGCAAAUGCUCUGCCUAG